AUGUCCGGAAAGAGAUGUAUUCCUCCACCAUCGUCAUUUCCAAAACGGUGUAGAACUGACACGACAUCAAUUCCGAAAGCGUCUGUUUGUAAUAAAACGCCUUUAAAACCAUCGAAAAUUGGUAUUGCUAGAAGAAAAGAUCAUGAAGUCCGUCGGCCAACAAGGGCUCCAACUGAAACUAGUCAACAACUGACUAAAUUGCAGAAUGAAAACAAAAUGUAUAAAGAAGAACUGAGAAAGAUAAAGGAAAUUGUAAUUAAAUGUGACGAAAAGCGGAAAGAACUUGAGGAACAGCUUCAAAAGGAACAAUUAAAGCAUGGUGAAACAAUAGAUUUUCUUGGUUCGAAGCAGAAAAGUGCAGAAGCCGAACACAAUGAAUUACGGAAACAAGUUAAUUCAUUAGCUGAGAAGAUAAGAUCAUUUCACCUUCAUCCAGUAACUCUCGAACCCCUGUUCUCACCAGCUGAAGAGGAAGAACUUAGACAGCAACGACAGAAAGUCAGGCAAAAGAAUGACAAAUUUAUAGAAGAACAAGAAAAAGAACUUGAUUUGCUCACUGAUAUGUAUAGUGAAUGUCUAAGUAUGAUUGGCUCGAUAAACGUAAAGCCCCUCUAUCCUGUAGAUUAAGCAGAGUAGUCUGAGAAUAUGGCUAGGACUUGUGUAAUAUUUAUCAUGUAUAUACGAUUUUUUUUCACUACUGUGAUAGGUCUUGUAUGUACAAUGUGCAUAUAUAUGGUACACAGUAGUGGAAGAACAUACAUGUGUGG